CUUUUCUUCCUUCUUCUUCUUUAAUCUUCACUCUCUUCCCUCGCCUCGCCUCGCCUCAUCUUAUCUCACUCACUCACUACUUUGCACUUUUUAUCUCUCCUAUAUACCAAAUCAAAGCCAAUACCAACAACAACAACAGCGACAACAACAACGACAACAGCAACUCCAUUAACUACAUCAUUCAACAACAUAUAAUUACCAUGGUCACCCCAACUCACACAGAGCCUAUCAAGCGACGUCGCAGAAAGUCCGUGUUGCGUUGCGCACAAUGCGGUAGCAUGUUUCGCCUCCCGCUCUGGAGCCGCGAAAGUGGCCAAGGCCCCGUGUGCGAUGCUUGCAGCAACGGCGAAACGCUCCAAGAAGACAUGUGCGUCAAGCCAUCACCACAAGCAGCAGUAGCAACAUCACCACAGCAUCAAGGAGAUGAAAAUGUCCCCGCUAGCAAUAUAAAUAACAGCAAUAAUAAGCCUACACGCUCUAAUCGCGGACGCAAGCGACGAGCAUUCCAGCCUGAUAGCAUGUCUGUCUGUGCCAACUGCCAGACCACCAACACACCGCUUUGGCGUAGAGAUGCAAAUGGCAAUGCUAUUUGCAAUGCUUGUGGUCUCUAUUACAAGCUACAUCUCGUCCACCGGCCUGUCACCAUGAUGCGCACAGAAAUCAAGCGACGAAAGCGCUCGUCUGAUAAGAACAAGCGUGGCAGCAGCAACCCCACCACUGCCUCAACCAAAAAGCAAGAUGGUAGCGAUAUGAUGAUGGAUGAUUCGAAUCAUCAUCACCACCAAAAAGACCUGUUACAAGCCUCACCACAGCACCAUCACCACAUCCUUCAUGAAAUGGAGCCCGCAACAUUGGGUGGCAGUAGCAGCAGCAGCAGCAGCUCAUCUGCUUCAUCCGCCUCCUCAAGAAGUCCCAGUCCUGUAUCGAGUCCCAGUCCCAGUCCAAGCUCAUCACCCGCAAUGGAAUCCAUGUUAGUACCACCUCUUCAACAAGACCCAUACCCACCUGUCCUUUCGUCGCCUGAAUCAAAGUGUUUACCAUCACCUACGCCCACUCAACACAGCAGCCACCACUAUCCCCUGAUGCCAACGUCGCCGUACUGCGGCCAUAGCACCCAAGCACUCCUUGAUAAGCGACGCGCUCUUCAACAAGAGGUCGAUCGUCUGACUGCAUUGCUCGGUGAAACCUCUGAUAUGAUCUCUGAUAUUGAUACCACCCUGUCUCAACGACAGACACCCGUCGAGGAUGUUGCCCGGUCACUCCUCACCUUGGCCCGAUUACCACCUCCAACACUCUCUCCUCCGCGGCUCAAUGAUCGACAACAGCAGCAGCAACAACAACAAGAACCUGCCACAACACCUUCACCUUCUUCUUCACCUCACGACUAUAAGCACUUUCCGAGGCUUCCUCCUAUCACUGCUGUUGGAGCUGCCACUCCACCUCCCUUUGAAUUCUCAUUAUGA